GGCUACCGUCGCCGCUGGUGCCGCUGCUGCUGUUGCCGCUUCCACCUCCACCACCGCUGUUGCUGCUGCUGCUGCUGCCGCUAUUGACACCGCGACGGCGACGACGACGACGACAACGAGCGUGGAAAAGAUGGCGGCGCUCAUCAGGCAUGGCUCGUUCGCCAGCGCGUUUAAGAGUACAUCGGCUAUCCUCACCGCCGGCACGGUGACCGCCGCGCUACGUCGCGAUGUCGCCCGGCACAGGAGCGAGAACCGGGGAGAGGUCGGACCGGCCAAGGAGCAGAAGAUGGUGGCGAAGGCGCGGAUCAGCUCCGCCGGGGAGUCGCUCGCCGCCCGCGGAUUCCUGAGGCCACAAAAGUCUUACAAGCCGCGGGAAGACUCGGCCGAGAGGAUCGACGCGAUCUGCGAGAGUCAAGCCAUUCCCGUGAACGAUGACGCGAAGCUCGAGGAUCCCGUGCUUCGCUUUAAACUGUUCGUCGCUUGCGAGGAGGAGUUGAAAUAUUCCAUCCCAAACUCGCUGCUUUACACUAUUGAGACCGUCGGGGACCUGAAGCGAUUUUAUUCGACACCGGUGGACAACACGACGCCGUACGAAGCGCUGGGUAAAAUAGAUUUGCCUAAGAAUUUGCACAUCCUGCAGAAUUAUCAUCGAUUCCAUCCGGAUACCGACACGAUGUUCAACGGCAAAACGGCGUUCCCGAAAAGCUCCACCCUCGUCACCGGUCUGAAGUACAGAAAGAAAUAUCCUGGACACACACAGGAGAGCCCGUGGUUGGACGAGCAGAUGAAGAUCUAAAUGACUAUUGAAAGUUGUAUCGUGUAAAAAUAAUAAAUUUUGUUAAAUAACGAUUCUA